AUGUCGGAAGCCGACGAGGUUGCGGAGGACUAUCGCCAUGCUCUGGAAGAUCUCUCUUCCAACAUGAGGUUCGAAAUUAGCAACUUGACCGUGAUUGCGAGAGAGAAUACAGAACACGCCUUGGCUAUUGCCGAGGUUCUUCAGCAACACAUAUUGAAGGCACCGCCGGCCAAAAAAUUACCCGCCCUCUACGUGCUCGACUCGAUUGUGAAGAAUGUCGGCACGCCAUACACGCUGUACUUUGGCCGGAAUCUCUUCAAGACAUUCAUGGAAUCAUAUACCGCCGUCGGUUUCAACGUGCGGAGGAAGAUGGAAGAAAUGCUCAGGACCUGGAAGGAUCCUGUUCCCGGAUCCAUGGACACACGCCCCGUCUUCUCGCACGAGCUCGUUCGACCGAUAGAGAAUGCUCUGUUAAAGGCCAGAGCCGCGACGAUGCCGCAGACGGGACCCAUGCCCGGACUGCCGCGCUCUGCCAUGCUACCUCACCGGAACACUCCCACGCCGCCGGGCAUGCGAGGGCCUGGCGGUCCGGCUGGCCCGUUUCCUCCGCAGCAGUACGUCUAUCCCAACGGCGGCAGACACGCCGAGCCGCCAUACCCCGGCCAACAGCAGAAUUUGAUUGUUGCCAUGAGGGCAGAGUUCGCACAGAACCCAAAUGAUAAUAGUGUUCAAAACAGACUAAAAGCCCUGCUGGAUCUUCAAGGCGUGGUGCGCAAUGCUAGUUUGCCGCCCGAUCAGCUGGAGCUUAUUAAAAACAAAGUAACUGAACUUGCUGCCGUGACGAUGAAGGCAACAUCAUCCCAGAACUCGACGCCAGUUCCUGGAUAUGUGCCCCCUCAAAGCCACCCACCACCUCAUUCUGCGCCUGUAGCUUCAGUCCCAGCUUCGGCGCCUGAGCUGAGGCCUCAAGUAACGCUCGAUUCUCUCCUGGGACCAGGAGCCAUGGCAGCACUAAUGGCUAGGCAGGCGGCGGCAGCAUCAUCACAGAAUGCCGUUGCUGCGCCCCCAUUUGCUACCGCUCCCAUUCGAUCGCCUCCUCCGGGCCUCGCAGAGACACCGAAGCCGCCUCGGCAGAACCCGAUGUUCUUGCUGGAACAGCUUCGCCAAGCAGGCAUGAUUCCGUCUGCUACACCUUCGAGCAUUGGCGCGCCAGUUGUCGCGGCCGCUCCUCCCGCUCCUCCCGCUCCUCCCGCUCCUCCUCCACCGAGCCAGUCAGUCCUGCCUCCGAACAUCUCGAGCAUAUUGGCUACGGCAAAGGCAACGGCCAGCCGACAGGGAGUUGAUGGUCGUCAGACGUCUGUUCUGAACUCGGCCGCCUUGAAACAACAGUUCCGGCCUGAUGCUAUUGCUGCGCUUCACGAGAAUCUUGGUCCGCCCUGCUCGCAAUGUGGACGACGAUUUCAGACGGAUGAGGAGGGAAGGCAGAAGAAGAUGGCCCAUAUGGACUGGCAUUUUGGUGUUCACCAGAGAAUAACGGAAGCCGAGAAGAGAGGCACGCACCGAAGCUGGUACGUGGAUAGUCAGGAUUGGAUUCGCUCUCGCGAGGCAGUCGACGCGGAUCACAUCGCAGCGCCCGACGACGGGGCUGGGCAGGCCUCCGAUGCGAGCAAGGGACCCAAGUACAUUCCCGUGCCUGACUCUGCCAGCGGCAUCAACAACGUAUGCCCAAUCUGCCAAGAGAAGUUCGAAAACAAGUGGCUCGACACGGCCCAAGAAUGGGUUUGGCUGGACGCCGUGCUGGUUGGCAACCGCGCGUACCAUGCGUCGUGCUACGCCGAAGCCACCAGGGAUCGUGAGGGCACUCCUGGGGCGUCCCGGCGAACACCGGAGCCUGUCCUGGGGAAAAGGAAGGCCGAAGGUGCCAUUUUAUCACCCAAGAUUCGGACUUUGAAAACGUCAACAUAA